UAUAUGCAGUUCAUAGUACAAACAACUCAUGCAUGACACUCCUCUAAAUGCAUGUAGACUACAGUCUAGUAGUAUAGUAGAGGUCUAUAUAUAGAAACUGAAACAUCAGACAAAAUAUAGCUCACAAUCUGUUUGUUAAAAGACUCAUUCACAUUCAUUUGUCAAAUUGUACAACAGAGGAUGAAGUAACUAGACUGUAAAUGGCUUUCUCUCGGAAACUCGUUACUCAAUCAAUUCCUACCUAUGAGGAAAUAAUUUCCCGAUCUGGCUUGGAGAAGAAUCAACUGGAUAAAGAAUGCAAUAGUCACUUUUUUCUUCAGCUAUCGGAUCAAGUGGACUACUGGAAAGACUAUGCUGAUGUUCUUUGGUUAAAAGAACAUGAAAUCAGUGGGAUAGAGAAUGAUUCAUCUCUUAGUCCACGGUUCAAGUGUAAAAAGAUGCUCGAAUCUUGGCACAAGCGUUUUGGCUUUAAGGCGACAUACCUAGAGUUGAUGAAAGCGUUCGCUACAAUGGGAAAUGCUAAACUGGCUCAGACGGUUUGCUAUCUGUUUAAAGGGCAACAUGUCAACCAUCACCAGCCCGCAGUCCAGCCAGUAUGCAUGCCGAGAAGGAACCAGUUUCCUUAUCAUCGUGGCCAUCUGAGAGAGUUUGAAGCAAUUCACCAUCAACAAAGGCAAAGGCAAAGACAACUGAGUAUUGAGGCACACUCUCAACCAAAAACACUAAAGGGGCUUAUUUCUCGAGGUGGAAGAUCGGAACAACUUGAAGCUUGUUGUCCUGAAACACUCCCAACUCAACCCUGCUCCUAUCCCAUACAAUUGGGUGUGCUUGAGCCAGUGUGUGACUGUCAUACCUGCCAACCUUUGCCUCAUACCAUGAGAGCCCUACCGCCGCCGUUAGAAGUCAAGUUUCCACCAUCUAUGAGGCAAGAAUACAAGUCUUCCCAUAGCUCCACGUCUGUUCCCUCCUCUCCUUCACAAUCUACGUACAGUGAGCGUGUUGAGAAGAAGUUAGAGAGAUCUGUGAACACGGAACGAAAGGAGGUGUCUGAAGUGCAUAUCAAGGGUCGAUUUUUUAUGGAAAUUAAUCGUUCGAAAGUUGUGUUUACUUCUCCAAUGGAAACAGCAUCUCGUGACCUCGGAGCUGAUUUGAAAAAUGUGACCCCCCCUGAAUCAACAGGAGAUUCUGCUGUGUCAUCUGAUCUGGAAGAGUUAAAGCAAUCGUAUACCUCUGGAAACUAUAACCAUCUCGUCCACCCACAAGUUACCGAUAGACUGGCUGUUGAAGGGAAUCAACAGUUUUUGGUUUCUGAAACUUCUCACUUUUCUCUGGUGAAGAGCUCUACAAGUGAUGGACCUGUCAAAGUCGGUGCAAAUGUCAGACCAACUGUCACUGACCCUCCCUCUGUGCAGUAUAAUUAUACAAUGUUACAGUUUGGUCUCUUUCAGGGUGAAAUUGAAUAUGACAAUGUUGAAGACGUCUCUCCUUUGUCUUCGGAGUAUGAGGAUAAUGCAGAUCUGAUCCCAGAGCACAAAACAGAGAGGCCAUGGACCGUAUCAAACAAUGAGUCGUACACUCGCAAGGAUUGUUUGAUGGUGUCGCAAUGUUCCAUCCCUCCUGUAUAUGAGGCUAUUCCCUCUCCUGGGGCAGCUAAACUCCCAGUGCUGACAAAAACUUUGUCGAGAAAAGACUUCCGAGAUGCUAAGCGACCCCUUCCUCCUAUUCCACUACAACCUGCUUCCAGCACAAGUCAAGCUCUAGCAGAACCCGAUCAACUCGAAGUGUUCUCACAUCACUUUCAGCAACGAAGUCUCAGAAUUAGAAUGUUCUACUACUCAAAGGAAAGCGACAAGGCAAAAGCUAAGAACAUAGCUUCUGAAAUGCAAGUAAUUUUACAAGGUGGAAGUACAACUGUCAAGGCUGUGAAGGCGGGUAAAAAUUGGUUGAAGAAAGCUGUUGAUGAUGGAGUGACACAUUAUGUAAUUGUGGGUGGAAUCUCAGAUUUUGAAUCACAAGUCAGCAAAAAGCAAACCUUCUGUCGAGAUUUUCUUGAUACAACAAAGAACGAUGGGAAACGUGUUUCAGAAGUCGUUUUUAUCUGCAAGUCGUCAACUUGUGAAGUUGGUGCUACACCAUGUGAAUUCCUUUGCCUUGAUCACAGCUUGGAUUCAAGAGAACUCGGCAUCAGGGUCCUGGGACACUUUGCAGCCACCCAACCCAUUCCAUUGGAGACCAACUGUAGCUGGAGUGAAUUUCCACAACUUGUCACCACGACAGUAACGGCAUGUUCAGUUGGAGUGGAAUUGAAAACAAAAGAGGUGUCUCACAGAUCCAGCUUUUCACGUAUUACAUUGGUAAAGGAUCUCAAUGAAGACUGCGUACCAAUUCUUCGUCAAAAGCUUGGCAAAGACAUGCACAUACAGUCGAUCAAUGGUUACUGUCUGGAUGGACUGGGCAUUGAGGAAGUCAUUCAGAGAGUCCAUUCUGAAGUAUCAAAACUGGGAACGAUACAAUUGAUGGUGAGAGUCAAGACUAGGACAGCAUCUCCUUGUGAAGUAUCAGGUUCUACCAAAGAACAUCUUCCUGUUCCUCUCUAUGUUCUCUGUGACAAUUUUGAGGUUGCGAACUGCCUCUUCGGCUCUCUUACAUCAGAAAUGGAAGAUUCCAAUAGCCACAUGUAUGAUUACUGUGAGUCAGUCCGUUCCAAGCCUUUGCACACGGUGACCCAAGGCUCUACAAAAACAGAUCAGUUUAUUAGCCGCAAACCUAUUAACAACAAGGUUCUCACAGCUGAUUACAGCUCCUCUCUGCUUGCCUUCAAGCCUCUACUCUCCUUGCCGACUAUUGCUAAGAGGAACUACAUCACUCAAUUGUUUUGCCAAGACUUUGCUAGAGAUUUUUCCCAUGUAUAUCUUCGCAAUGCUGGUGUGUUUCUGGUAACAAUAUCGUGUAAUGAUCUAGUUGCUGAUCCCAUAUCUCAAUGCGAGAAUAUUUUGUGCUGGCUUCGAUUAGUUGUGCGGCAAACAAAAUGUGCAGCUGCGAAUAAAGUUGUUGUUGUCGGAAUGUACGAUGGGUGUGCUGAUCAAGACCUUCAAUCGAUACACAAACAUAUCCAAUUGCUGAAUGCAGCUCUAUUUGAAAGUGAUGUGUACCCGCAGCUUUUUGAUCAGAACAAAUACAAAAUAGGAGGAGGGAACCAACAGUGCAGUUACGUGUUUAUGUUCGACAUCAGUCAACCUACUGAAAGCUCUUAUCAGCUGUACAUAUGUAUUGAGCAAUGCAUGGAUGUGUUUGUCAAGAAGGCGAAAGAAUUUGACUCUGUUUGCUAUGACAGCAUAUGCACAACAUUUGAUGGGUUAAACGAUGCUCUAUUACAGCUCUCAUCAAAAGAAGACAUUGCUAUGCCUAGGCAAGAUCAGAAGAGGACUUUCGAUCUGCAACAGAAACCGGUGCACGCUCUCGAAACGUUGCAAGCCUACAGUAUAGCACUAAUGGACAAAAGUAUACCAGAUAUUCUUUUGAAACCUCAACUUCUAAUUGAGCUGAUGAUGAACCUUCGUCCUUCUAUAGUUGAAUACUACAUGGACCUCUACCAAUUGUUUAACAUCACAACCGAGGAGCUUAAACAUCUUCCAGUAGUCUCCAAACCAUUUACUAUCUACAUCCUGGAAAACGUUGUUCGCUCAGCCUGUGAAUCUGAUUCACGUAUCAACGAAAAAGAGGUUGUAGAGACCAUUUGCAAGUGGGCUGAAUAUCUUGGACUAAUGUUCCUCUUCGAGAGUAAAAAAGAAAUGUUUUAUUUUAUCCCUUCACUCGCUAAAGACGCAAUGGGAAAUGAGGCUGAGUAUUAUUGGGAUGAGGAAAAUGAGCAGUACUAUCGCAAUGUAGACGCAACUGUACUCUAUGCCUACCUCAAAUUCCCAGGAAAUGACCUUUUCUUCCAUCAGCUUCUGGCAACGAUGAUCAAAGAGGCUAUCUCAAUGAAGAUGCAGACACUCUACAUUAACAAGGGAUGCCAAGAGGCCAUUCUUCCCUUGUAUUUGUCUGAAGGAGAAACUCUGAAGAAAUUUAUUGUGAUGACUAUCUACCAUCCCCUACAGAAUGUCAUUGAGUUCCGAACAAGAAUUCAUACUUCUCUGAAGCUCCCGUUCCAAAAAGCUGUGAUGAGCACCCUAGAAAUCACUUUCUCCACUUCACAAUUCCAUGAGAUUUUCCGCUUCAGUGACACUAUUACACUCCAUGUGCCUUCAUUGGAAUAUGAGAAAAAGCUCACAGAAAGCGCUCUUUGGAAGCUACAAGAAUUGCAGUCUCAGAACAGAGGACCAGAUUCUCCAGCUUGUGUAACUGGAAAGCAAUUACUCAAGACUAGAGAGCUAACAUCAGAAGUUUUGGAGGAAUGGUGUACAGCAAAAUCUCACAAAUACAUUCCAACCGAACUGUUCAGCAGGUGGGCCAAGAAGCUCAGCAUGAAUGAUACCUACUGGAGCAAAGUUGGUGCCAAGCUCAAUCUCCUCUCAUCCUACGACAUUACGCGCCUAAUGAGCUCCCAAAAUGCCACUGGAAAUGGGGCAGAGGUGUUGCGACUAUGGGUAGACUCAAGCCGAACUGUUCCAGACCUCUUGACUGCUCUGAGAGCUCCCGAUGUCCGACUUGAUGCUCUAGCAAGCGAUAUAGAGAAUUAUAUGCUUCCAAUCUCGGACGUUUAGGUGUUUAAAUUCGAUGUUGACUAUUAUAUACAAACUUUGACGUUUUUACCCUAAUUUUUAUAUUGAAAUCUAUAACUUUUACGUUUUUACCCCAA